AUGAAGCCCCAAAUACCGAGACUCGAAGACUUUGGCAUCUCUCCCGAAUACGGUUUCCUUCCACCCGAAUUGCCUCUGCUCCGCCUACCCAACCCGUACUAUGCACAAUGGGAGGCUGUGAUUAGCAACCUGCAGGGUCUGGUGUUAAGCAAACGCCUGCGUGAGGUUGUACUCCGUCUACCAGUCCUGUCCACCGAACAUCUCGAAACAGAUUCCGAGUGGAGACGUGCAUAUGUAGUACUAGCAUUUCUGUCGCAUGCUUACAUCUGGGGAGGGGACGUUCCGAGUGAGAUCGUACCACCGCCGAUCUCGCUACCCUUUCUGCAAGUUUGUCGAUAUCUGGAAUUACCACCCGUCGCAACAUACGCCAGCGUAGUCCUGUGGAACUGGCGACCGGUAUUCGACAACGAACCUAUCGACACUCUGUCCAACCUCGCUACACUCAACACUUUCACUGGCUCUCUCGAUGAAUCAUGGUUCUACCUUGUGUCCGUUGCCAUCGAGGCCAGAGCGGCCCCAAUUCUCCCCAUGAUGCUUGAUGCGAUAUCAGCAGCUCGUCGUGGAGAUACAUUGGUGGUUACAGACUGUCUUCGUGACUUCGCAGAGCGACUCGACGAACUCGGCACCUUACUACAACGCAUGUACGAGAACUGCGAUCCACAUGUCUUCUACCACCGCAUUCGCCCCUUCCUUGCAGGCAGUUCAAACAUGGCCAGUGCCGGCCUGCCAAACGGCGUCAUGUUCGACACUGGUGUAGGCCCCCAGUCCUGGGUCCAGUUCUCCGGAGGCUCCAAUGCGCAGUCUUCCAUCAUACAAUUCUUCGACCUCGUCUUGGGCGUCGAACACCGUCCGACUGGCGAGCGUGCGCAAGUCUCCUCACUAUCGAGUACAUCACCCGGAGCCCCCUCUGCACCGCCCGCCCCAUCCAACAACUUCAUCCUCGACAUGCGCAAGUACAUGCCGGGCCCACACCGACGCUUCCUCGAACACGUCGCCAGCAUCGCCAACAUCAAAGACUUCGUCACCACACAUCAACACGACCGCGCGCUAUGUACAGCAUAUGACGCAUCGCUUGCCAUGCUCCGCGCCUUCCGCGAUAAGCAUAUCCAGAUGGUCAGCCGCUACAUCAUCGUCAAGAGCCGCGAGACCAGGAGCCACGAGCGCAGCAGCAGCAGUCUAACAACACCGCCCGCCAAGCUCCCCCAACAACGCAAGAUCAACAUCGCGAGCGCGCUCGAUCCGACGACUGGUCUCAAAAAGGACGGGCUGCGUGGCACGGGGGGCACGGCGCUCAUACCGUUCUUGAAACAGGCACGUGAUGAGACUGGCGAGCCUGCGAUCGAUGCCUGGGCAAGGAGACUGCUGGGUGAUGCGCCGACGGUGGGCAAGACAAGCUUCGACUUUGGAGGGUAUAGGAUGGCGAAGACGAAGGAGAGUGGAAGUGGUGAGAUGGAGGUUGUUGGGCUGGCUGGGACGUGGAGUGUGGAUGAUAGCGAGGGCGGUAUAUGCCAUUGGUGA